UUGAGAGUGUGAGCGGCCAAGAUACCACCAAGGUGGGACAUCUCUGGAUUUCUGUGCUGUCCACCUUACCUGCAUUAAGAAAGAUGUCUUUAUAUGACAGUUUUUUAUGUGAAGAACAGUUCCAGUGCUCCAUAUGCCUUGAUGUAUUCACCAACCCUGCAUCCACACCAUGUGGACAUAGCUUCUGCAUGCAAUGCAUCACCAAAUACUGGAAUGGAGCUAAGGUUUUCAAGUGUCCUCUGUGUAAAAAGAGCUUUGAAAAGCGACCAGACCUCCAGAUUAACAGAACACUACGAGAGAUCACUGACCAGUAUAAAUCCAUGAAAAAUGGAGUAGUAAAGAAUAAGAGUGGAAGAAAGGGAAGUGGAGGGCAUGGAAGCCCGUCAAGCCAUUUAUUUGAUGAACUGAAGAAAAAGCUGCGCCACCCGGUGCGAAAGACUCACCAGACCUUUUCUCGGAGCUUGGAAAGUGACUCAACCUCAACGUCCUUUCCUCCAGUCAAGAACUCACAAGCAUCCUCAGUGCCAAACCACAGUUUCAGUGAUGCAUUGAACGAAACCUAUGUGGCAGGUCCUCCGGUUUCCCACCGACCACAUACCUGGAGGAGGAGGUACACGCUGAGUGGGACUGAGAUGAGCCAGAAUGUCCCUCUUUGUGAGAUCCACAACAGGCCAAUAUUGAUUUUCUGUAGGAGUGACCAGGUGUGCAUUUGUCCUGAAUGCGAGAUGGAGGAUCAUCCAGACCAUGACACAGUGACCGUUGAAACCGAAUGGAUGGAAACCAAGACACUGCUGACUGUGUCAGAGCGGACAAUCCAGGACAUGAUUAUCGAGAGAAUCAACAAGAUCGAAGAGAUAAAUAUGUCAGUGACAGAGCUGGAGCUGGCAGUGGACCGAGAGACGGCGGGCAGCGUUUCUCUAUUCUCGAGUUUGGUUUGUUUCAUUGAACGUUCCCAGGCAGAGCUGGUGGAGGCGAUGGAGAUCAGCCGGAAGGCGGCACAGCGCCAUGCUGAAUCCAUGACAAGACAGCUGGAACAGGAGAUUGAAGAACUAAAGAAGAGACAAAGCGAGCUUUCCAAGCUUGCCCAAUCAGAUGAUCAUUUAUACUGUGUGAAAACGUUCCCAAUUCUGUCCAGCCCUCCACCUACCAAAGACUGGUACAAAGUGUCGGUGAAUUCUGACCUGGGGACAGAGUCCAUUUACAUGUCUAUAUUAGCUCAGGUGGAGAAGUUUGCCAAAGAGCUGAAGAAUAUCACAGAAAAAGGUUUUCCUGCACAAACACUGGAUCCCAGUCCUUCUCGAUCACAGCCCAGGAUAAAGGGGAUACAAGAAUAUGCACUGGAUGUAACUCUGGACUCCAAUACCGCCCAUCCAAGACUGGUGCUGUCAUCAGACCUGAAAAGUGUGAGGUGUGGAGAUCGACACCAACUGGUGCCAGACAACCCAGAGAGGUUUGAAAAAGUUGUCUGUGUUAUAGGGAGGGAGCCAAUCUCUUCUGGAAAACAUUAUUGGGAGGUGGACGUGACCGGGAAGACUGACUGGGACCUGGGUGUGGUCAAGUAUUCCGUCAGCAGGAAGGGGAAGAUUGAAUACACCCCAGACAAUGGAUUCUGGUUCCUCAGUUUAAGAGACAAGAAUAAGUUUGGCUUUCGAUCUCAACCCUACACAGAUGUCCCAGUGAACCUUGUACUUCAUAAAAUCGGGAUAUUUGUGGACUUUGAAAAUGGACAGGUGUCUUUCUACAAUGUUGAUGCUAAGAUACACAUCUAUACUUUUAAUGACAUUUUCAAUGAGACCCUCUACCCUUUCUUCAGCCCCUGCACCAACAAGUCAGGAAGGAACGACUUACCACUGAUCAUCACGCCAGUGAAGAUGACCGAGUGACACCUAAAAGUUACAUAAUAUUUUAUUUCUUCCUCUCAGUUUUAUUUUCCUGCCUUUGCACUUAUGUGCUCUCCAUACAUAUAAGCUUAGUCAGUUUUUUUUCCAAUUGUGUAUCUUUCUAUAAAUAUUCCCUAUUGAUUUCUUAAACCUCGCAGUUGUCAGACUGAAUAGUUUAUGCAUACAGAUUACAUGUUUUUAUGUAUUUUGAAACUGAUAAUCUAUUAAACAAAUAUCUUACACUUGAAUGUAUUGUGGA